AUGGCUCAGUUGCCCAAAUUCUCAUGGCAGUCAACAGGUGAAAGCCACAAAAGGGUUGUCGUGAUUUGUAUACCCUCCAUUCAAUUUUUCUCAUUUCAAAACGUGCUUAGAUUAGUUAUUACUCUUUAUCCGAUAGCGAUUCUUGUUACUUGGAUAUCUCAAUACGUCAGUCCGUGCUGUCAAUUCUCUUUUGACCAUGAGCUUCUUUCCUACUCCUACACUGCCAAAGGAGACAUUCCCAACUAUUCAAAUGAAUAUAUCGACCUCCCUCUAAACUCUUCGUCUUCGGCCAUAUGUGCAAUUUGUUAUUCUUAUAUCAUCUUCUAUGUGUGGAAGAUGAAUCAUCUAUACCAGAGUGACCAUACUGGCAGUGGACGACGAAUUAAGGAAUAUAGAUAUGCCUUGCAAUUUUGUGCAGUAUCUGUGUUUUAUUUGGGCGCAUGGGUCACCUUUCGUGUGUUUCCCAUAUUAAUUGGGGCCAGAGGAGUGGAAUAUUUCGUUGUUAUCUCAGCUUGUGUGACCAUAAAUGCAUCAGCGAAUGCUGUGGUUUAUAUCACAUCAAACCCAGAGGUUCGCGGGGUUCUUUCAAACGCAAAGAUCAGCACAAUGGCUUUUGCCAGUCAGUCACGUAACGGUCAUGGGCCCAAAACUAAUCCCACACCCUUGCAACUCAGUUCUCAGAGAGAGACAUAA